AUGGCGACACCUCGUCCUACCGCUCCUGGGCCACCCGCACGAAAGCGCCGCCGCCGUGCCCCGGGCGUGCAAACGUACAGACUAGACACGGACGUGAACCCCAAUCCAGUCCACCGACAUGUGUCGAUUGCGUCGUCACAGCAAGCUGUGUCCUUGAGGGCAACUGCGGUACCUAUCCCUGACCCGGCGCGUGAGAGCGUCCCCGACGUUGACACUAACUCCGCACUGGGAGACGCGACUAACGACCAACUUGAACCCGAUGAACCUCUUGUCGUUCAUGAUGACGAGGCCUUCGAGACAUUGCCGCAGGAGAUCUUCCAUAACAUCAGUGACUUGUUGGAGUUCGUGCACGUUCACAAACGCCGAAAUCGAACCAUCAGUGACAACCCUCUCGAGAACUGGCGCCAACACGACAUUGAUGACUGGUUGUCCGAGCUCCUUCGUCUUGAAGGCCGAUGCGGUUUCAUGAGCCAGGCCUGUGCUACUUGCGGGGAGGAAGACCAAGCAGAGGUCCGGUGUGAUGAUUGUGAAGACCUACAGCUGUACUGCCGAGCGUGUACGAUCGCGCAGCAUCGCCGCCACCCCUUUCAUCGCGUGAAGACUUGGUGCGGGACGCAUUUCCGCAAGACUACGCUGAAGUCCAUUGGCCUACGUAUUCAACUUGGUCACCGGCUCGGCGACCAGUGCCCCAACCCGCUCAGGGCAUUUGGUGACGACUUCGUCGUCCUCGAUGUAUCUGGUGUGAACGCGGUUGCUGUCGACUACUGCGGUUGUGAGACGGCACAGUCCAAGCCAAUCCAGCUGCUUCGUUCCCGACUUCUCCCGGCCACUGGCAUCGAUCCGAAGACUGCGGCGACGUUUCGGCUGAUGGAGCUAUAUCAUCUCCUGCAUAAUCAGUCAAAGGUAUCCGGCUUCGAAUUCUACAACACUCUCGUUCGGAGGACUGAUAAUACAGGGACCGUCGAGAUUAAGUCCAGGUACACUGGCUUCAUGCGAAUGUCGAGGAUGUGGAUGCACCUGAAGCUUCUCAAGCGCUUCGGCCGUGGUCACGACCCACUUGGAGCGAAGGCGACAACCCCCGGAUCGUGCGCGGUGUUAUGUCCGGCAUGCCCGCAACCUGGCAAGAACUUGCCCGAUGGCUGGGAAACAUCACCUCCUGAGCAAAGCUGGCUCUAUCGACUCUUCCUUGGGAUGGACGCUAACUUCCGCUUGAAGCGGAAGAAGGUCUCGUCCGAUAACGCCGACCCGGGCUUCAAUAACGGCAUCGCAUACUUCGUUAACGAGCAGGAAUACAAGACCCAUUUAGAGAAGCAUGGUAAGCUCGACGUACAGGAAACAAGCACGUGUAGCAACCAUGACGCCGUCAAGCUUGCAAACAUGCGUGGGAGUCACGGUACAGCAGCGAGUGGCGUAGCUACGGUCGAGUGCAUUCGGCAUGAUAUGAAGCGACCGUGCUCCGUUGGAGACUUACAGAAGGGGGAACGAUAUGUCAACAUGGACUACUUAUUCUCUAGCAGCAUUCAGCACCACACAUCCGGAGGCGACAAGCUUCGUCUGGUCGUCUCUUACGACAUUGCGUGUCAGUGGAGUGUUAACCUCUGGGACAGGAUGCUUCGCUACGACCCUCAGUGGGAUUACGACGCUCGCACGAUCACCUUCCUAAUUCCGAAGUUCCAUCUACCAGCCCAUCAAGACAGCUGUCAAACCAGAUACUCAUUCAACUACGUCAAGGGUGUAGGACGCACUGAUGGCGAAGCGGUCGAGCGUGGCUGGGCCGCGAUCAAUGGGUUCUCAGGCAGCACGAAGGAAAUGGGGCCAGGUUCUCGCCGAGACGUCCUUGACGACGCAUUCGGCGAUUAUAACUGGCGGAAAGUCACGAAUAUCACGAGGACCCUCAUGGACCGCAUGAAGGACGCCGUCGGAGAAUGCUCCACGCACGCUGUCAUCUUCGAUGAGCUCACCUCAGUCACAGACCCGACACGAGUGACGGAAUGGAAGCAGCAAGUCGAGGCGUGGGAGGAGGGUGCAGAGCUCAAUCCUUUUGUGGUGACGCGUCAUCCCAUCACUCUUGCGGCCGUUCGGCGCGAGCUGGCUGAAGAGGAAGCAACGAGUAUAGCUGACGGAAGUCUUGUGAUUCUGCAUGAUAAGGUGUCGCCAAGUACACUGAUCACGGCGGGGCUUGAGUUGGAGGAAGCACAACGACGUCUCCGUUCCGAUGCCGCCGAGGUGAACAAUCAUUCUCCGGACGAUCAGCGCGCAAACAUAAUCCGUCGCCGUAAUCUUCUGCAAAUACAGGAGCUUUACAUGCCACAUGUAGUGGUGAUGCGUUCUCGCGACGCAGAGGCCUCAUCGGCUUCUGUUCUAGCCGAAAAUAUCUCACUCUACCUCCCAUCCAGCGUGGCCAAGGACCCUCGCAUAUCGUCAUCAAUCACGGGUUUGCUCGACAUCGAGAGACGGCUGCGUCUGGCCCAGGCAAACGAUUCUUUAGACCAGAUGCGGCGUCAUCUUCGUGCCCGCACGAAGCUAUACAACAUCAAGGACCAACACGUCCGUGGUCAGCGCUACAACACCCGGUCUCGUGCUUACAUCGACACCAUCCAAGCGAAGAUCGACGGUGACGCCGAGCGUUAUCGCGUGGCCCAUGCCGCACUCCUCACGUUAGACCCUGACGACACCGGCAAAUGGCAGAAGGCCCUCCGCCCUCUAGCUCGCACUGACGUCCGAGCGAUGCAUCAAGGUCUCGACGACGAGACUGAGGGUCGAAAGACCCUCUCCUGGAUAUGGCGAACAAGCGGGAGCUUGGGCAGUGAUGAUGACGAGGAUGAUCAAGAAGCUGUACGUAUUGAAUGGUGCAAAGCACGCGCGAGGGCCAUGCGCUGGGACGAAGAGUGCGACCUUCUGUAUGAAGAGAUGAGACGCGUCCGUGUCUUCUUCGAGUGGCACGUGAAUUGGUGGAUGGGUCAGAUUCGAGAGGACUGGGAUGGCACGGCAGGGCGCACACCAGCACAUGCCGAAGGUCGUCGGGCGUAUGCCCAUCGGCAGGCGGAUAUACGGCGAAAGCUACUCACUUACUGUAACGUGUCUUGGAGGAGCAUCCCCGAAUAUGUUCAGACUAGAACUAGGCCCGAAGCAUAA